AUUUAGCGACAGGCGAGCCGAGAACAGCAAUUUCGGGCCUUAUAUCUUCUUGUUCUCGAUUUUAUUUUAUAAAAUUAAACAUUUAUGUAUUGUAUUUUUAUAUCAUGCUGCCACUUUGAUAUUUAUCUAUCCAAUACGUUGAAGGAUUGUUGAAUAUGAUAUUAACUGAUUUUUUGUAAUAUUGCAGUUACAUUAUUAACAAUGGACCAUCAUAAUCAUAUGGAACACUCAAUGAGUCAUGGUCAAAAUGCCUAUGAGGAUAUAGACAUGAAAGAGAGUUUGCUUUCAAAUGCAUCAAACCAUUUGCAUGACAUUAAUCAGUUACUAAAUAGUACUUCCGAUCUAAAGGCAGCAGCACAAUUAAGUUCCCCAGAACGACAACAUCAUCAUCAUCACCAGGGUAUGGCUUCCCAUUCCAUGUCAAUGUCUAUGACAUUUCAUGGAGGCUAUUUGGAAACAAUUCUCUUUUCGUGGUGGAAGGUAACGGAUGUGGGAGAAUUUGUUGGAUCAUUCAUAGCAAUAUUUAUCAUGGCACUUUUGUAUGAAGGGCUAAAAUAUUACAGAAAACAUUUAUUAUGGAAGACAUACACUGGACUUCAAUACUGUGCUGUAAGUCCCCCUGACAAAGGUGUUGCUAAUAUGUGUGCUGCAGAAGAUCCACAAGUUAUACAGCCAGUUCCACAUGUACUUGACAGGAACAUACCUACAAUGAUGAGCUCAGCACAUGUUUGGCAGACUGGACUGCACGGUAUCCAAGUAUUUGUUAGCUACAUGUUAAUGUUAGUGUUUAUGACAUAUAAUGUUUGGUUAUGUGCCGCUGUUGUGCUAGGUUCAGCAACAGGAUACUUUCUCUUUGGCUGGCGAGAAUCAGUUGUGGUGGAUUUCACAGAACAUUGUCACUGAUGUACUAAUAAGAUACAUUGUCCAAGUAUUACUAUUGUUAAUGAUAUUUAAACAAUAUUGAAACUCAAAACAUACUUUACCACCAAAUGCACAAACAAACAAAGCAAUCCAAUGAAUGAGUAAUUAGAGACCAUUAACAAUCAGAUAUGCCAAACCAUCAUGAUGAUGAAAGGGUACUCAUAAAUGUUUGUUUUCAUUAUUUGUACAGUAUUAACUGAUAACUUGUAAGUGAACAAAUAAAAUAGCAGAUAAUAUUGAUCAAGAACAUUUAUUUACAGUAGUUAUUAUUGUUUAUUUAAUGCAUACAUAAAUUUACAAGAGAAUUAUCUAAGCUAUGCAUAUAUGUAAUGUCAGAGAAGAUAUAAUAUGUACCUACUUUGUACUCUACAAAUUAAUAUGAAAUAAAACCACACAAAGGGUAUUCCUAGCUUUAAAAAGUUUUCACUACUUUUUAUUAGAAUGUAUCAUUGUUCCACAACAUUGUAAAAACAAAAAAAAACAGAGUUGCAUGUAUUCUCUUUCAUGGAAUGUCGGAUUCACCACAGUCUUUAAGGUCACCAAUCUAUUGAGAUCAUUUAGCAAAUUGGGAGGUUAAUGCCCAAAUAUUUGUAUUCAAUAUCUUCUCCACAAGAGUUAAAUAAUUUCCAUAGAAAUAUGGUUUGUAAUUUUAAUUCACAAAAUAUCCUAAAGGUUUUGCUUUCUUUUAUUUUGCAAACUCACAUUAAAUUAGUUUGAUGGCUCAUUAACAUGUUGGUUCCUUGGUUGAUAACCUAUUAAUGAGCACAAAACAUUAAUUUUAGGCCAUAAUUUCAACUAAUUGCCACAAAAAUAUUUUGAAUUGUCUAAUUAACACAUUGUUUGUAAGUUUGGUGGUAAAAACAUAUAUUUUAAGACAGCCUUUUUGGGUAUACAUUUUAUUUAUACCAGUUACUAUUAUACAAUAAAGGGUUUUAGGUUAUUAGAAAAUAUAAAUAUAAUACUUUU